AUGCGCUGUUCAGCUGCAGCCACUCAGACAUCCUCUAGUGUUGUCUCCUCAUCCCUUGUACCUGCAGUUGAUGUUUCCUUUUCUUCUCUGACCAUGUCAGAAAAUUCCCAAAAUCCAUCUCUACUUGGCACUCUAAAUGCUCUGCAGCAUUCUCUUCCUGUGGAGAGCAAUGCAACUUCCCCAACACGAAGUGUCUGCAACUUCUCCAGAGUCUCUGCUCCUGCCGUCAGUUCGGCAUCGGCUACUGGUACCUCUUUCCAGACACUCAUGGGUAGUGCCUACCUUUACCAACAUUCUAGCACGACUAUGUUAUCUGGAGUUACUGACCACAGCCAGAUCUCCACGUCAGCUCCUUCCUAUCCAGGUGUUCUUGAGUGGGACAUCACAGGAAGCACUGAAAAGAAUUCUUCUUCACUCGGAGACUUUACUCUGGCAGUCACUGACCAGCACACAGCUGCUUCCUCCAUGUUUAUGGCAGCCCAGUAUGAUAAAACUUCAGACACCAAUAACAUGGUCCCUCUAUAUCCAUCACUUUCGGCCAGACUUGCUCAGGGAACACCAUCUCACAUUCCAAAUCAGGGACAUAGCCUGUCACUUCCCUACCAGGAAGGAAGCCAGGUAUAUUACUAUAAUCAAGGCACACUGGGGUCUUUACUGUAUGGAGAACUUGGCUCCUGCCUGCAAUCCUAUGGCUCUGUGUCAUACACAGGAAGUAGGGCCUCUGUGCAACCAGAAAUGGUAAUGGGACUAAAGGAGAUUCAGCCCACAAAUAUCCUACCACCAGCUUCCACCUCUGGAAUCUACUACCCAGUGUCUGCUCAACCCAUCCCAGAAACAAGUUUUCAAGUGACGGAGACUUCCCUGGUGAUGAAAAAUUCCCUGGGAUUGCAACCUCCAAGCCAGACAUUUUGUGUGACACAAACUCAAGAACUCCCCAAGUCCUGCAGUAGCAGAAAUAUUCACAUACUUGAGAGUAACCCAUCAUCUGAACUUGGGGACAUUUCAGUGACAGCUCCAGUCCAGCGUGCCAGUACUCUCCUGGCCCUGCCUCCAGCUCCAAGCCAGGGACAAACAGAGAGUAAGAACUUGGAUGAUAUUAAAACCAAGCUUUCAAAGCCUCUGGAUGCCUACCAGAUCCCAAUAGAAAACCAAGAUCCUCCACUACUCCCUUUAGAAAUCCCUGAUAUUCACCAGCUGCUGGCCUGCACCGAUCCCCUCAGCCAAGAGCAGCAGCCUGGUUCUGAAAAUGCUGAUCUGGGAAAGAACAGCCUGAGUCGUGAGGACCUAGCGUCACUUGAAAAUGGGAUUGAAUCUAGCAGUGGUUUUGCAGACAUUACUACACUGGCGGAGGAUAUUCACCUUCCCCAGCUCUUUAAUUCUUUGAAAGAUCUUGAUCCAUCCCAAGGUCCCAACGUGAUCAAAGCUAAGGACACCAGAGCCACUAAGGUGAAUCAGGUGCAGGAAAAGCCAAGUGUCAUAAAGGUUCCCUCUGAUCAACCCAGGAAGAACAAACAUAAAGCCUCUGAGCCUAUCAGUGGUGCUCCCAAGGCCAAAAUCCAGCCAAAGAAUCCAGAGUGCCUGUUAGGGGGAGAAGUGGUUAUAUGCAAGGCUGCAGUCAGUGACAGGGCUCCCGUGAACACGGCCAAGCACUCUGAAGGCAAACCUCAGAAAGCUGCAUCCAGAAAGAUCAGCAAAACUAAGAGCCAUGGGCAGGAAAAGACCAAAAGGACCAGAGGAAGAAACAAGGCUGAAGAGAAUAAGCAGUCAGGGUACAAAGUCAAGGCAGAAGAGAAGCCAACAAUUCCCUAGACGAAGCAAAAGGAACACCAAACUGAGCUUCUCCAAGAGAGCUUUAAAAAGCCUCGAACCUCCCUAGGCAUGCACAUGCUGGAGUCUGUGAAGGUUUUUCAUGCACUGGGGAAGAAGAAUGAUAAGAAAACUGGGCUCUCUUCCUGUCGGGUCUUGGGAAAUUCAAGCAACCCGAAAGACCCCCAGCCACCCCCAGCUAUCCAGCCAUGGCGGCAUACCCCACGUGAGGGUAAGAGUCCUGAGAAAACUCAAGUCGAAGCCCAGAAACCAGACAGCAGUGCUGAAACAGAGUGUCCAUUUCCAUCCCAGUAUGAGCUGCCUCCUCCUGGGAAGGUCAAGUUGAUACCUUUGCCUUUUUCUGCCUGGGACCAGCCUCAAGCUCGACCCGCUCCUCGGAGGCCACAGUCUCUGGCCUCACAUCGGCCUGCUGUGGCUUACCGUGCCCAGCCUGCUUCUACUAACUCAGCUCAACCUGCUGCAGUCAAUUCAUCCCAGCCAGCUCCUGCCUCUCUGCCAGGUCCCGCCAAACCAGCUCAGACAACUGUGACCAACCCAACCCAACCGGGUUGGACCAACCAUACCCAGCCUAAUGUCCCUCAGUCUGCUGCUCCUAGGCCUGCACCCUACAAAACUUCAUCUUGCACUUCUCUCCAGCGGGAGCCCGUUCCCCCUGCUGUGACUAAGCGCCAGUCCCCACCCAAGCGCCAAACCCAACUUCUACGCCAAGACUUCAGCAAGCAACAAAUUCCAUGGAGGGAACCCAAUGUGCCUGAGCCAGUAAUGUCAAAGCCCAUCGAACGAGAGCAGAGGCCAGAGCGAGAGGCCAUGAAGAGGCGGGCUCAACAACGACGUGAGAAUGCUGCCAGAUACACCUCUUCAGGGAAACUGCAAUUUUUCACUGAGAGGGAAGAAGAAAUGGAAAUUGCUGACUACUACGGAUACGUCAAGUGA